GUCAACCACGCACGGGCGCUCGUUAGCUUAGCGGCCCUGCGUCGCGCCGGAGGAGAGUUUAACACCUUUUACUCACCUGCCCUCGCUUACGUAACUUGUCAACUGGGACAGAAUUUGAAGCACUACGUUUGGACAUCACUUUACCAAUCAAGCAACCUUUACUUCGAUAAACUACCACAAAAUAACCGUCUUUCAUCCCGGAGACGCCUGAUGGUUCCCUACAGUAAUGUUAAUGUACCACGUCAUUCUCUUAAGUUAGUUGCAAACACAAAUGCAGAUAUUUCCCAGUUUUUUUUCCUAAGCCUUCGUCUAAGCGAGUCGUUUCCUAGUAAGCUGGAGUUGAUCCAGGAAGUUACCAGUGAGCUACUGGUUUUUGAAUUAAAUGGUUUGUGUGCGCGAGUGAGGCAGACGUGCGGGGGGCGGGGCCUCGAGGGACCCGCGUUCAACAACCAGGAAGUAAACACGAUCGAUCGCCUUCACGUCGGUUUCACCAUAGACAUAAUAUACAUAGACGCCGCGUUGGCUUCUGGUCGCGAGAAUUACGGCCGCCAUCUUGGAGCGGUCGUGCUCGUAGUUGCGUAGCAGCAGAAGAUACAGGACCCGCAGCACUGUGCUGCUUAUUUCUCCGCUAAUCGGCGGAGCAUCGCCAGCAGGGCUCGGGGGAUAACUUUUCACAAGUUUCCUCUGGCACGCCCAGAUGUUAGUGCUAAAUGGGUGGCGGCGAUGAGGAGGAACAACUUUAAGCCGACAAAGUACAGUAACAUCUGCUCGCAGCACUUCACCAAAGACUGCUUCAAGAGAGAGUGUAACAACCGGGUACUGAAGGAGAACGCCGUGCCGUCGCUCUUCACCUUCACCCUCAGCGUCAAGGCAGAGUCCCCGGAGGAUCCUUUCCCCUCCGACCUCCACUUCCCUCUGUCGCUGCCUCUGACCUCUGACCCGGGGGUAGAGGAGGAGCUGCCAGGGAGCAGCCUGCCCGAGAUGCGCUGCGACACCGCGGCGGUCUCCUGCGACCACAACUACACGGCGGAGGACUCUGCUCGACAGAGGCGCCGCAUGGAGCAACUCGAAGAGCAGUUGGGGAGUCUGAGGAAAAAGCUGAAAACAACGCAGCAGAAGUGUCGGCGGCAGGAGAGGGAGCUCAAAAGACUGAAGGCGGCAUGCGAGAUGCCGGUGACGGGCCGCCGGCUGCCAGCAGCUCUUGGAAAGGGAUAUGUGAUUUUACCCAAGCACGUCUACUACACACUCAAAGGCAUUAAGUAAAAGGAAAUGCAGAUCGGAGGGAUGAGUGAGGUCCAACUGAGCAUAUAAUCUCAUAUGGCUCAGCAGCGGCUGUUGAGGAGCUGCCGAGCAAGGCAGCGAGGCCCUGAGCUGAGAACGGAAGGACUUCCUUGUUUGGGAAUGCAAAAUGUGGAAGACUUUAAUUGUAUUCCUGCAAAUGUACACAACUCCUUUUAUACAUUUUUUUGUUUGAGCUUUGGGGACUUAUAAUAAUAAUCUUGCUUUGAAGAAGAUUAUUAUGCAUAUUCUUUCCUGUUAAGUACAAUGUCUCACGUAGGGCUGGGCGGUACAUCGGAUCAAGGAGUAUAAGCUUUCCGUACGGUCUGAAUGUUGCAUGCUGGGUAAAGCUCACAACAAGAAGCAACUCUUCUUGCUACAUGAAAACACGGAUAAGAGCGAAGCAACUUGUGCCCAAGCGGUGUCCGUUUGGAGGGUUUUUUUUGGUUUUGAAAGAUCCGACACAAGUUACAUCAGAAAACGAUUUAUUGCAAAGUCUCUUGAGCCUCUGGUGGCAACACUAGCAGCACCAACAAGCUAACAUGCUAACUAGCUAGCUCGCCGGCCAGUUGUGAGCAGGCUGUUUGGGUAGCUGGCGGUUCUUUUCGGAGUCAAUGAAUUAAUGUGUUUACUUGAAAAAGCAAUACGGGAAUAACUCGCGAUAUGGAUUUUGGCCAAACCGCCCAGCCCCAUCAUGUUCAUAUUUAAUGUGUCAAAUAAUGAGGUAACGGAAUGUUGAGCAUAAACAUUUUUUGUCCUCUGUGCA